AUGGGCAAGCCAAAGUCUGCCAACUCGCCCUCGUCGGCACGCAACGGCGCGCUCGGGCUCGGCGGGCGCGGCCGCGGCGGUGGCGCGCGUGGCGGGCGCACCCGUGUGCGUGGGCCGCGCAACGGCGCCUCGGACGCCGGCGUCUGGACCGACGGCUGGCGGCCCGACAGUGCCGUCGACGACUCGGGCGAGGAGGAGGAAGAGAGCGACGAGGACGAGCACGGCGACGGCGGGCCGCUCGACGUGCCCGUGGCGAUGUGGGACUUCGACCACUGCGACCCUAAACGCUGCUCCGGGCGCAAGCUGGCGCGCCUCGGCAUGAUCCAGGAGCUGCGCGUCGGGCAGCGCUGGCGUGGCAUUGUCCUCACGCCCAACGCUACACGCACCCUCUCGCCGGCGGACGCGCCCAUCCUGCGGCGGCACGGCGUCGCCGUCGUCGAGUGCAGCUGGGCGCGGCUCGACGAGGUGCCGUUUGGCAAGCUCAAGAGCGAUCACGAACGGCUGUUGCCGCACCUCGUUGCCUCGAACCCUGUCAACUACGGCCGGCCAGGCAAGCUGAACUGCGUCGAGGCGAUCGCCGCUGCGUUCCACGUCUGCUCGCACCCGUCCACCGCCGACGCCAUCCUCUCGCCCUUCAGCUGGGGCCACGCCUUUGCCAAGGUCAAUGAGGAGUUGAUCGCCACGUACGUCGAGUGCAAAAACGAGAAGGACGUGCUUGCCGCGGCCGACCGCAUUGUGCGCGAGGAGAAGGAGGGCAAGGAGGAGCGCAAGCGCGAGCGAGACGAGGGUGAGUGCCACGAGUCUGCGGCGGUGCUGCAGGGCUGA